AUGGAAAAUCAGGGAGCAAUCAACAAACGGCGAAACCAGUGGGCGCAGGCAAAGAAACGGCCGGAGGUCAACCUUCGGGAGGAAUUUCUCGCACGGCCGGGCGGUCAGUGCGGAGCCAAUCAACACUGCGACAGAUACAACCUUCUAAUAAAUUUCCAGAUCGCGGAAAAGCUUCUUGAUUUUUGCGCAUUCAAUCGUGACUCGAUUUGCGGCCAUUACAUGUUUUCCGUGAGGUUACCGAUCAGUCAGUUGAGAAAGAUCUUCGUUACUUCGACUCGCUCAUUGGGACUAGAUCAGCUUGCUUUAAUACCACCUAGUUCGCGCCAUUGGCGGUCUGCGACAACGGCCACUGCGACAAUGUCCGGCAAUCCGAGGAAACAGUUUGGCGGUAAUUUUCGCAAGAAGGCAAAGUUUGACAAGAAGAAGAAGAGUGGCGAGCAUGAUGAGGUGCUUCUAGCAGAUGUCAAUGACUUGAUCAAGCGGAAUCGCCCUGAAGAGGACCAAACUUCGGACGAAAAUGGCACCUCGGCGUCUCCCACACUCCCCGAGACUUUUACCGAGAUCGAGCUGACGGUCUCUGAUCUCUCCUCGACAGGAGACGGUCUUGCUCUAUCAGAAAACAACGACCAUGUAUAUGUCGUGCCUUUUACAGUUCCUGGCGAUAGAGUGCGCGUCAAGGUCAUUCGCCAUUGUCCUGCUCAAUCAUACACAAUCACCGACUUUCUCAGUGUGAUUGAACCCGGCCCAAAGAGAAAUGACUCUUUGAUCAAGUGUCAAUACUUCUCAAAGUGCUCUGGUUGCCAACUCCAGAUGAUGUCAUACGAAGAUCAGCUGGCGCAUAAGCGGCGCAUCGUGGAGAAGGCGUAUGCCAACUUCUCAGGAUUGGUUCCGGAGCUAGUCCCAGCUGUUGGCGAUACAUUCCCAUCUCCGAUGCAGUAUGGGUACCGGACAAAACUCACUCCGCACUUUGCACAUGGAGGCGCGAAGAAAAAGGCGAAUGCAGAUGGUCAAGAAGCCCAAGAAGUUCAAGUCCCGCCAAUCGGCUUUUGCUACAAGAAUCGCAGGGCGGACAUGGAUAUUGAGGACUGUCCCCUGGGAACAGACAUUGUCCGCCGUGGUCUCAAAAGCGAGCGGAAACGCGUCACCGAGAACAUUCGCUCCUACAAGAAAGGCGCCACUCUUCUCAUGCGUGAAUCCACUUCGCGCAUCAUGAAAGACGCAUCAGGCGCUGAGACAGAAGAGAAGGAUUUGAAUGGACUUACAUCAACGUCCGGCGCCGACACUGGCGACGUGAUUCGCACCGAUCGUGGGGCCUAUAUUGAAGAAAAGCGCUGCAUCACUGACAACAACGCCACAACGGUCGAGUACGUUGACGACUAUAUUUUCAGCAACAAAGCUGGUGCAUUCUUCCAGAAUAACAAUUCAAUUCUCUCCGGCUUCACCGAAUUCAUCCGCUCGCAUGCGCUCCCCCCAAACAAUGAUCAAGAUCCUACCCCGAUCAAAUACCUUCUUGACGCGUACUCGGGUUCCGGCCUUUUCACCAUCACCCUUUCCACCAUCUUCAAAUCCAGUCUCGGUGUUGACGUCGCUGGCGACUCCAUCGUCUCUGCUCGUGAAAAUGCCAAGGCCAACAAUCUCCCCAACACCGGCUUCGCUGCCGCUGACGCCGCCGUUCUGUUCAAGGACGUGCCCUAUCCGCCCGAUCAAACGCUACUUGUCAUUGAUCCCCCUCGCAAGGGAUGCUCCGAGGACUUCCUUCAGCAGCUGCUCACUUUCAAGCCUCGUCGCGUUGUUUACGUGAGUUGCAAUGUGCACACCCAAGCUCGCGACGUCGCGGUUAUGGUGCAAGGCGAUGAAAAGCAGGAUGUGCGCUAUGAGAUUGAGAGCAUUCGUGGAUUCGACUUCUUCCCUCAAACGGGACAUGUGGAGGGUGUGGCUAUCUUGAAUCGCACGUCCUUCCCCAAGAGCGAGUCGCUAUAA